CCCAAAAUAAACAAGUGAACAGCUGAACGACGACAUUACGCAUCACGCAGUCGAAUCAAUAUUUCGAACGUUCCGAACGCGCAGCAGUGCUAAUAAUAACGGAGUCAGCGCAACUUGUUUUUGACAAAAGACGUACGUCAACUAGGUGUAGGUGAAGACAGUGCACGACAAUUAAUCAACCAAAUCGUCGCGUUCUUGCUUUUGUUCCGUCGCACGCUGACUGCGAUGUUAGGCGCGUUUCUGCCGCGCCUGCUGCGAUGAGCUAAUAUACAAGGGAGCAUCAACAAAACGUCUCUCGUGUCUCACAGGACCGCCGCCAGCAUGGAGACCAUCGGCGAUUACGAGUACAACAGCAAAGACCUCAUUGGACAUGGGGCAUUUGCUGUUGUCUUCAAGGGCAGGCACAAGAAGGAACCUGGCCUUACUGUUGCCAUCAAGAGCAUUACCAAGAAGAGUCUUGCAAAGUCCCAAAAUCUGCUUGGCAAGGAGAUCAAAAUCCUGAAAGAAUUGACUGAGUUGCAUCAUGAUAAUGUUGUGGCUCUCUUGGACUGUAAAGAGUCAACCAACAAUGUGUUUCUAGUCAUGGAGUAUUGCAAUGGAGGAGAUCUGGCCGAUUAUCUUGGAGCAAAGGGCACUCUCAGCGAAGACACAAUUCGGUAUUUUAUAGUACAAUUAGCGGAUGCAAUGAAAGCUUUAUACACGAAAGGCAUUGUCCAUCGUGAUCUUAAACCCCAGAACAUUCUACUGUCGCAUGCGCCGACAAAGGUGCAUCCCCAGCCCUCGGAAAUUCGGUUGAAAAUAGCCGACUUUGGGUUUGCGCGCUUUCUGCAGGAAGGCGUAAUGGCGGCAACGCUUUGUGGUAGUCCAAUGUAUAUGGCCCCCGAGGUGAUCAUGUCUAUGCAAUAUGACGCUAAGGCUGACCUCUGGAGUGUUGGCACGAUAGUGUUCCAAUGCCUUACAGGGAAAGCGCCUUUCCAAGCGAAUACUCCGCAGGCGUUGAAGCAGUUUUAUGAGAAAAAUGCUAACCUGGCACCAAAGAUCCCACCUGGUACCAGUCCGGACCUGAGCGAGCUACUUAUUGGCUUGCUCAAGCGCAACUCAGUCGACCGCAUAAACUUCGAAACUUUCUUUAACCACAAGUUCUUGCAGCGGCGUGAGAUAGCUCAGUUGGCGACUGCUGCUGACCCGUUGCCCAUGGUGUACGAGUCCCCGCCUAAUGUAUACAAGCUCCCAUCGCGCAUCACUCCUUUGAAGGUGGGAACUCCACCGAAGCCGGUCACUCCAGAGUCGCCAAAGGCUGCUCCUCGAGCACAUCUCAGUUCAAGUCCGGAUGAUGAUUUUGUCCUGGUACCGUCAAAUUUACCAACCUCUGACAAUGAGACCAUUAAUGAACGUUAUCGUCUCGUGCAGGCAGCACAGGCGCGCCUUUCUCCCCAGGUUGCAACUGCAGGCGCGGUUGUUCCAAGUUCUACAGCGGCGGCAAGUCCACCGCGUCCAUCUCAUCUCCCUAUCUCAGAACCUAUCCCAGUUCCAACUCAGCGACAUGUCUACGAACGCAUCAAUAGUCAAUGUGACCGAUCCAUGGAGAAAUCCGACGAACUCUCUGCGGUUGCUUCACUUGCUAAACCCGCAAGUGUCCCACGCUCUGCUCCUAUCAACAUGAAGCGCUCUGAGGCCCGUGCGCCUCGCGAUAUUGACAUUAGUUCCCUUUCGCCUCCAAGCGUGCAAUUUGUGAUUGGCACACCUCCGGGUGGCGGCAGACGUAGGACUUCCUCUAGCAGCUCCCUUUCGGACACUCAGCCGGUACCACCGCAGAUGUGGCAAGUGUCUCCUGUCUCGAAGACGUUACCGAAGACAUCGAUACCAUUCAGCACCCGCGCAGUUACGCUGCCAGAGCUUGCUGACGUGAAUAACUUUCCGAAUUUGUUUACCGAUAACAAUCAGUUAACGUUUAUCGCACCUGAUCUGAAUGAGGAGACGUUGUUGGAGAAAGAGCACAACGAGACCUUGGCGAAGAUUAAUUUCGUGCUGGCGUUGAGCAAUUGUGUGCUAGAGUUGGCUGCUAACAGAUCCACACCACUAAGCGCAUUGGUAGAUGCUUCCUCACCGGUGCAACCGCAAACAGAGAUGGGACGGCGUGCUGAACAGUUAGUUCUCUUGGUGCGUGCCCUACAGUUAAUGAGUUCUGGGUUAUCUUUGGCUACACAGCAAUUAAAGAGUGGCCAGUUACGACCAAGCACGACUGUGAAAGCUGUCAUCGCCACUUUGAAUAGCAAGUUUAGAUCUACUCUAGCGGAGUGCAAGCAGUUAAACAGCACCGGUUUGCUCGGAAAGGUAGGGUCCGCCAACGUGACUGCAGAUAAUAUCCUCUAUAAUCAUGCAAUUCAAAUGUGUCAAACGGCCGCCCUAGAUGAGUUGUUUGGAAAUCCUGAAGAAUGCUUCCAGCGGUAUCAGACGGCACAGAUUUUGUUGCAUAGCCUAUCACAACAGGUCCACAACCAGCAGGAUAAGGCCCUUCUUAUAAAAUACAAAGAAGCAGUGGAGAAGAGGCUCUACGUCUUGCAGAAACAAGGAUACAUUAUCCAAACAGAUCUCAGUUAAAGUUUAUAUCUGGAAACAGUAAAAUAUUGAUGAUUGUGUAAGAUUGUAAAAUACAUUGUAAUCUAAUAGGCGACUGGCCAAAAUAACCGGAAAUUCAUGAAAUGAAAUGGGAAUUAACCAGGGAGACAAAUAGUAACAAAGUAAUUGGUGUCCAAACUGUAACACAACUUAAUAUUCACUUAAGAUUAAAGACAAGAAUCCAUUACGAUGUAAUCAUCUUAAUCAUGUCUAGGAUUUAAUUCGACUCAAUAAUCGCUAUUAUUAAAUUAAGCGCAAAGAUUUUUAUUUCUAUGACACAAACAAACACAAUACAAACAAUGUGAUUAUGACUUGAAAUGUGUCUUCUCCAAAACAAUCAUUUAAUUCGAGAUAUGAACGAAAGUCCAGAUGAAUAACUUGGUUAUUAGUUUGUUGACCACAUUGUCUGUUAAUACUACAUCGGAGGAUGAAUCUAGUUGUAAAAUGUGCGCGCUAGCUAUUACAAAUAAAUACCUUUCUUCCAACCAUGAAAUCAUGCAUGCAACUACACAAUAUUCAAUUUAUUGAUAUUUAGGCGACGAGUUUUACUAAUUAUGAUUACGUACCAACUUUAUUAUAAGUGUUACUAACCGAUGAUUGCCGGUUAAUAGCGUUUUGCCUUUACGUUGAAUUUAUUGUGUAAUAUCAGCGUUUGUAACAAUUAACUUAGGUGAAGAGUGGUUGCAAGGCUUGAGCCUGGCCUAAACAAUUGCAGACUUUGAUUUUCAACUGAUGAUGAAUGUUUUGAAUGUAGCGAGAACACAAAAGGAAUGUAUGCGGGUAAAGCUAAGCGGAAAGAAAUUUGCGCAGCCGUUUUUCUUUCCUUUUAUAUAAUAAUAGUUGAAUUAUCCUUAGAAGAAGGUUGAAUGAAUUUCAUUUUCUGUUGUAUUUACGGUACGAUUAUACAUACUGCAUAAUAUUGUGUAGAGAUGAUAAUAACCAAAUAUAGUUGUUUUACAAUCAA